AUGGGGAAAUGCAUGGGAGCCUUUGUGGAGAACUUGGGAGUGUGCACGAUUACCCGAGCCGAGAUCAUGGCGGCCAUCCGGGGCUUGCAGAUGGCGUGGAAGUACGGAUACAGGAAAGUCUUGCUGCAGUUGGACUCCACUACGGCUAUCAAUAUCCUUACCUCGCAGGAUCAGACGGAGCACAGGUAUCAUAAUCUGGUUUUGCAAUUUCAGAGACUGCUCCAGCAGAACUGGGAAGUCAGAGUUUCCCAUAUCUAUAGAGAAGGAAAUAAAGUGGCGGAUUUCCUUGCUAAUAAAGGCCACUCUGCUAGUAUAGGUUUCCAUGUUUUUGAGAGCUCAGACCCGGGUCUGACCUUCUGGAUUUUGUAUGACGUUUUGGGUAUAUCCCAAACCCGGUUAAUUUAA